CCAAAAACAACAAAAAACACAAAUGCGUGUUUCUGCGGGUUUGAUUCUUGUUGCGUGUGUCGUUGCCGCGACCCUCGCCGAAGCGUCCACCUACGACGAUUUCGUGGCGUUCAAGAAGCAGCACGACAAGCUGUACGCGUCCGCCGAAGCCGAAGCCAAGGCGUUCAAGAACUACCAGGCCAAUUUGGAGCGCAUCGUCGAGCUCAACCGCGCCAACCCUGGCACCACGUUCGGAAUCACCCGCUUUGCCGACAUGAGCCAGUCCGAGUUUGGCCACAAGAUUCUGAUGGCUCCGCGCGCGCCCGUCGUGCACGAGGCCGCCCGCUACGCGCCGAAGCUCGAUGUUCAGGACAUUCCCGAGUCCUUUGACUGGCGCCAGCAGCUCGGUGGCGGCGCAGUGCGUCCCGUUGAGGACCAAGGCGACCUCGGCACCUGCUGGGCAUUCAGCACCAAGGAGAACGUCGAAGGCCAGCAAUUCCUCAAGCACAACAUUUCCAUCACCCUGUCUGCCGAGCAGCUUGUCGAGUGCGAUUACAACGACUGCUCGGGCUUUGGCGGCUGGCCCUACCUCAGCUACCAGUACAUCAUGAAGAACUACGGCCUGAUCAGCGACGACCAGCUGCCUUAUUGCUCGGGCCUCGCCUAUGGCAAGCCUGGUUUCUGCUGGCCUUGCCUCGCCUCUCCUUGGAACUUUACCAUGUGCGGCGACGAGAGCGACUACAACAACUCUUGCGACACCACUCGCCACUCCUGCGGGCUGGUGACUCCCCAGAACGUGAAGGCCACUGUCAUUGACUGGUUUGCUGUCGAGAACAACGCCACCCAAAUCCAGGCCCAGCUCAUGACCACCGGUCCCCUCUCCGUGCUGUUGAACGCUGGCGAGCUCAGCCUCUACCACAGCGGCAUCUACUCGCCCAUGAUUUGCAACCCGGCCAACCUCGACCACGCCGUCCUGCUCGUCGGAUGGGGUGUGUCUGGCAGCAAGCCGUACUGGAUUAUCAAGAAUUCGUGGGGUCCUACUUGGGGUCUGGAUGGGUACUUCUGGAUUGGUCGUGGCACCAACAAGUGUGGCAUCGAAUCCACCGUGACUUCGUCGAUUGUCUCUUAGUCGAUCUGCUCGCUGUGCUUCACUGCACGUCCUUUUCCGCAAACGCCUGCGGUAUUGCUCCAGUGGCGAUUUUGGUCAAUGUGUUUUCCCCUUGUUGAGGUCGUCGUUCGUUGCUUGAAGGCCUGAACUGAAAUCAAAACCGUUGCAUGGAAGUUGUCGCAGCUGUUGACGUUGAAAUUGUAAUUAGAGAGUACACGACCCAUUCUAAAAAAAAAAC